AUGCAGUCUCGCACUUCGGACUAUUCGACCACACUCACUGCUCUCAUCGCACCCACAAUCACAGAUAGCCAACCAAGUCUGGCAGUUAAUGUAGCCGAUUGGAACAUUCCCUCCAACAUUCAGCUUGCCGAUCCCGCAUUCUUUAAUCCUCAGCGAGUAGAUCUCCUCAUUGGCGUGAGCAUAUUCUAUGACCUUCUCUGCGUAGGGCAAAUCAAGCUCAUAGAUGGAUUGCCUCUUUUGCAGAAGACCCGGCUUGGGUGGAUCGUAUCUGGUGGUGGACAGAGGGUAUCAAGCUCGUCGCUUUUGGCAACCCAAAAUUCUCCGGAUUUAUCUAACGAUAGAAUGAAUGCAAGGUUGGAUCGAACUCUUCGUAUGUUUUGGGAAGUUGAGAAUUGUGCGGAGGCUAGCUUGAGUACAAAGGAAGAAGCGGAUUGUGAGGCGCAUUUCGUAAGCCAUUUUUCACGGCUGCUAUCAGGGGAGUACUCUGUUCGACUGCCUUUAAAGCAUGAUGCUGAUCACUUGGGAGAGUCCUAUACUCAGGCGUAUCGACGAUUUCUCAGCUCGAAGCGAAAACUGGAUCGUAAUCCCGCGCUCAAGGAGCGUUACUCAGCUUUUAUGAAGGAGUAUACUGAUUUAAAGCAUAUGUCCAAAGUCCAUCCUGACUCACGUAGCCUCUGCAAGUAUUUUCUGCCUCAUCACUGCGUUAUAAAGGAGGAUAGUCCUGUUAUUCAGCCAGCAUUGUUUAACAUACUGAUCCGGUUCCGCACAUAUCCCGUCGCUCUCACUGGUGACAUUUGUAAAAUGUACCGCUGCGUAAAGGUAUCCCCGCCCGACAAUUUUCUCCAGUGUAUCCUAUGGCGAGAUUCCAUCCAGUCCGAGGUUCUGGUCUACACAUUAGACACCGUCACAUACGGUACGAGGGCUGCAUCGUUUUUAGCGGUCCGCGCAAUGCACCAGCUGGCCAUCGACGAGGGUAAUCCCUACCCUCUUGGCUCAGCUGCUCUGCAACAGGAGUUCUAUGUUGAUGAUCUCAUCUCAUGCGGCAACUCGGUCGCAGAGGUCAUGGAAAAGAUGCGCCAAACUUCAAGUCUACUGUCUUGCGGUAACUUUAAGCUUAGAAAAUGGUGCUCGAGUAACCAGGAGGUGCUUGAUGGAAUUCCGGAGGACGACGUGGAGAAAUUUCUACGGUUUCAUGAUGGAAGCGACAUUACCAAAACUCUUGGUUUAGCUUGGGACCCUGCGUCGGAUCAGCUGCUGUUUGCCUUGUCCGCGCUGGACUCGAAUUCAAGGCCCUCCAAGCGGUCGGUUUUGUCAACUAUUGCGCGUUUCUACGACCCUCUUGGAUUGAUUAAUCCUUUUAUUGUCAGGUGCAAGAUCUUUCUUCAGCAGCUUUGGAGAGAACAUUUGGACUGGGAUGAAAGCCUACCGACAGCGCUGCACUCAACUUGGAUUGACCUGAGAAACAGUUUGGCAAGCAUCUCUCGCAUUUCCUUUCCUCGCGUUGUCCAUCAUUCCAGCACAAUUGUAGAGGUUCAUGGAUUUUGUGAUGCCAGCAUGGAAGCAUAUGGUGCUUGCAUAUAUGUCGUGUCCAGGCAAGGGGAGUCGUCGAGUAAUGUUUUGUGCUCAAAGUCUCAAGUGGCGCCACUAAAAUCAUUGUCGAUUCCAAAGCUGGAAUUGAGUGGAGCCCAUUUGCUUGCGAAGGUUAUGCGCAGCUUAAAGGAGACGGGAAUUUUCCCAGGCUCGCUUCCCAGCUACCUCAUCCAGUCAGAGCUGUGGUUUCACGGCCCCUCGUUUUUGUUAGGUUCUAAGGAUGAGUGGCCUGUAUCUGCCGUUUCUAAAACUCCGACCAUUGAGCUUCGAAAGCGUGUAUUGCUGAUCGCGUCUCCACAUGCCGAUCUCACGUCCGGAUGCAAAUUUGCUAAUUCUUUCUUUGGCAUGCAGCGCACAUUCGCCUACAUGCAUAAAUUCGUUCAUCGUCUUAGGCAUCCUGGACUCACGGUUUCUGACAUACAGCAAGGAACGCAUCUUCUUGUUCGACACGUUCAGCUGGCAAGUUUGUGGUCGGAUAUAAAGGAGAUUAGACGCAAUGGGCAAGUCAGGAAGUCUAGCUCCAUCAGUUCGCUAUCUCCGUUCAUCCAUCCGUCAGGUUUACUUCGAGUUGGAGGUCGUCUCGGCAACUCAUCGCUCCCGUUUAAUGCUCAGCACCCGCUUAUUUUGCCCAAGGGACAUCCCGUAACAUCUGCAAUGAUAAGCUAUUAUCAUCAACGGAACCUCCAUGCCGGACCUCGCGCCUUGCUUGCUAAAAUUCGAUUAGAAUAUUGGCCUAUUGGAGGAAUCAAAGCCGUCUCGAAAGCGGUUAGCAAGUGUGUAAGAUGCUUCAGGACGAGGCCGCGCAUGGUUGAGCACAUUAUGGGGGACUUGCCUAAGGAGCGUCUGGAAGGAUCGCGGGCCUUCGAAGUAACUGGAGUGGACUAUUGUGGACCCUUUUUCUACCGAUCAGAAAUCCGCACGAGGCCUCCGAUCAAGUGCUACAUAAGCGUGUUUAUUUGCUUCACAUCUAAGGCCAUACACAUGGAGCUUGUUAAAGAUCUGACCACCGCAUCGUUCCUAGGCGCACUGAAACGUUUUACGUCCACUCGAGGAAGGCCAAGUCAUAUUUGGUCGGAAAAUGCUACAAAUUUCGUUGGCGCUAAGAAUGAGCUUCUGGAGCUGAAGAAGCUUUUCCUGAGCGACUCGCACAUGAAGGAAGUCCAUGAAUCCUGCUUGGCUGACACCAUCGACUGGCAUUUCAUCCCCCCGCGCUCUCCGCACUUUGGCGGAUUGUGGGAAGCGGCCGUGAAGUCCGCAAAGUAUCACCUGUACCGCUCAGUUGGGCCAUCCAUCCUUAGCUUCGACGAGCUCCGCACCUUGAUCUGCCAGAUCGCGGCAAUUUCAAUUCUCGAGCCUGACCUAACGAAGCUCAACUUCAACCGUCUGGAUGGUUGGCAGCGGGUCACUCAACUGCAGCAGACAUUCUGGAGGCGUUGGCGCGAAGAGUAUCUGACUCUUUUGCAAGAGCGCUCGAAGUGGCGUACGCCUGCGAAAAACCUCUGCGUCAACGAUGUCGUCUUGGUGAAGGAUGAGAAUCUUCCUCCAAUGCGUUGGCCACUGGCCAGAGUGGUCGACGUCGUCAAAGGCAAGGAUGGAUCCAUAUGCCGUUAUGUUACGCCAUCGCUCUUGCCAUCUACGUUGGGUCUCCGGUUCGCGGAUGGCAUGGUCUUCGAUGAUGGUUCCAGCGGCGAGAAGGUCAAUUGGCGCCAUGCCGGUCUAUACUAG